CUCCACCCAGAUUCCAACUCUCUUGUCAUUUUCCGCCCGCUUUACGUUACCUCACAUAAACAAAAUUUACCGGUAAAAGGAUAAUGUAAUUACACUCAUGAAACGACAUUGUUGUCUCGUGGAUGUUCUUCAUAAUCCUCGCUCUGUCAAAUUCACUUUCAGAAUCUGAAUUUUUAGUUAACAAUUCAACUCUCUGUCAGAAUAUGCAGACAGAAAUAAUUUCAAAUUAUCAAAAAUUAAUUAAAUUUCAGCAUUUUCAGUAGCGCAUCAAUCUGCGUGAUCCAUCUUGUCAACUGAAUUAAAUUAGCAAGCUCCCCAGAAUAAUUUAAACUGAAAAAGAGAAAUCAAAUCUAACCGAAAGAUAAGUUCAAUACUUGGAGAGAUAGCGGACAUGUUGAAAGGAUUGUCGACCCGUUUCUCCAAAUACAUCGGAUUCGGGUCAGGACAAUGGGUCCAGAAAAGGAUCGUCGACCCGUUUCUCCAAAUACUUCGCAGGGGAGCGGAGCCGAAGCAAUUGGCAUUUUCAGGGGCUGUAGGGAUCACUUUGGGCGUGUUCCCCAUAUGUGGGGUUACCGUGUUUCUCUGUGGGAUGGCAAUUGCAGUGCUGGGAUCUCUUUGCCAUGCUCCAACUGUGAUGCUGACAAAUUUUAUUGCUACUCCAGUUGAAUUGAGUCUAGUGGUUCCAUUUUUACGCUUCAGUGAAUUCAUUACCGGUGGACCUCAUUUUCCAUUAACGUCUGAUGCUUUCAAGAAGGUGUUGACUGGCCAAGCUUCACGAGAAGUCUUGCAGAGCAUUGUCCAUGCACUGUUGGGAUGGGUUGUUGCUGCGCCAUUUAUCAUGGGCACACUCUACAUACUAUUAUUGCCGUGUUUCAAGGUCUUGGUUCGUAAAUUCAGCACCUUUCCUUCAAGCCCAAAGAAGCCACCGUACUCCCUUACAGAAGUUAGGCUAAAAGGCAGGGAUGUAUGAGCAAUGAGUAUUUUUCUUUACCAUAAAAUGGAACAACUCGGUUAUUGGUAACACUGCUUGUACAUAAAACUUUGAUUUGUAGUAUAUCAGUGAGUAUAAAUAUGAAUUUUUGUAUCCAAACCUUCUUCUGCA